CUCAAUCACUCACUUCCCAUUUCGCUCGUCCAUAUCAUUAUCAAUCAAGCAGUUAUCACCGAUUUUCAUAAAAUUACAAAACGCUCUCUUCUUCUUCUCACUCUGCUCUGAGGUUGUUUGAAAGCUUCCGGCAGGGACAGGGAGGUGGUGGGCUGUUUGUCCUCUUCUCUUUUUUCACUUCUCGGUGGGAGAAGAAGAGGAGACAAACUCCAUGAAGGCGCUUGUUUUACUACUCUUGGUAUUUUUGUUGAAUGAAGAAGCCAUAGAACACACUGAAGCUAAAGUUGAAGGAGAAUGCAAUUUCAGUAAAGCUUUGCUGCCCAGACCUCACAGUGUGUCUGUAUUGGACUUUGGGGCUGUGGGGGAUGGGAUAACAUUAAACACUGUUGCGUUUCAGAAUGCAAUAUUUUAUCUGAAGUCAUUCACAGACAAGGGUGGAGCACAGCUCUAUGUUCCAGCAGGCAAGUGGCUAACUAGAACAAUUGAUCUUACUAGUCACCUCACGCUUUUCUUGGAGAAAGAUGCCAUUAUUCUUGGAUCAGAGGAAAUUUAAGUUUCUGCUUGGAUUGUCUUCCUGCAGGAAACCAGUCAUUGGGAUGUUGUUGAUCCAUUGCCAUCUUAUGGGAGAAGUAUUGAGGUAGCUGGUGGGAGAUAUCGUAGCCUGAUUACUGGAAAAAAUGUAACAGAUGUUGUAAUAACAGGCAAUAACGGAACUAUUGACGGUCAAGGUUCUGUGUGGUGGGAACAGUUUGAUAAGCAUGCCUUGAAUUACAGUCGCCCCCAUCUAGUGGAAUUCAUUAAUUCUACUUAUGUUACUAUUUCAAACUUGACCUUUUUGAAUGCUCCUGCUUGGCAUAUUCGUCCCGCAUAUUGCAGUAAUGUGCUUAUUCAGAACAUAACAGUUCAUUCUCCAUCCAGGUCACCAUACACCAAUGGCAUUGUCCCAGAUUCUUCAUGUCAUGUCUGCAUUGAAAGCAGCAACAUUAGCACGGGUCAGGACGCUAUUGUGCUCAAAAGUGGGUGGGACGAGUAUGGAAUUUCCUAUGGGAGGCCAACUGAAUAUGUACACAUCCGAAAGGUUCGCCUAAAGUCUAUAGAGGGAGCCGGCAUGGCUUUCGGAAGUGAAAUGUCCGGUGGCAUCUCAGAAAUACUCUUAGAGGACCUUUUUCUUCAUGAAUCUCAUCUGGGAAUUGAAGUGAAGACUGCAAGAGGAAGGGGCGGUUAUAUCCAGAACAUUUUUCUGUCUGAUGUGGCAAUGGAAAAUGUUGGGACAGGGAUGAAAGCUACAGCUUACUUUGAUACACAUCCAGAUGAUGAUUUUGACCCUACUGCAUUACCUGUAGUCAGUAAUAUCACGUUUAAGGAUGUAAUCGGAACAAAUAUCUCCAUUGCUGGAAAUUUCACUGGAUUACCUGAAUCACCCUUCACUUCGAUAUUCCUCUCAGAUAUCCUCUUUUCUGUUUUGCCCGACCCUACCAUACCACAAUGGGUAUGCUAUGCUGUGAUUGGUUUUUCUUCAAAUGUUUUCCCUGAACCUUGCCCAGAGCUUCAGAGCCCGAUUUCCAUUGCAAUCAUGUAGUCAUCAUCAUCAUCCUAAAACAUCUUAUUCAUGGAACCAUGUAAAUUGAGAUGAAAUUCUUUGCAUGUGUGUAUAGUCCAAAUAAAAAUUUGAACUAGGAAGAUGAAGCAGGCAAAUGCUUGAAAGUGGGAAUUACCAUUGCAGGUCACCUCUGUACAGCAUCUGUUUCAUGUGUAAGAAAAGUUUUGGGAGUGAAGUGUUCAGUCUCAGGCACUUUGUACCAUCUAUUUCCAGCUUUUAGUCAUUUGUUUUUUUACAUUGUAAAUUUGGAUAUGGAAACCGCUGAUGAUUUGCGUGGUGUUAAGAUGUGUGGAGUGGAGGGAUAUUUAUUGCAAUAAAACUGCCAUUUAUGAGAGUUAUUAUACCUGCUGUGUAUUACAAUGACAAUCUUUGUUGAGUUGCAUUAAAAA